AUGGCUACUUCUUCGCCCGAAAUCACCAAUCGCCUCAAGAAGCUCUACGCGGACUAUCGCAACACGGCCGACAUCGAUGCCCGGGGCCGCUUCUUUGCCGCCGACUGCCGCCAGAUCUGCCGGCCGAAGCCCACCUAUGCGGCCCAAAAUCGGGCGACCAUCGUGCGCUACCUCCACGAGUCGUCUGGUCUGAGCAUCAACGGCGCCUCUGUCACGGAGGAAGAGGCGAGCAAGAAGAAGAAGAGCUUUGCCACCAUUCGACCUCUGCGGCCCGAGGAGUUUGACUUUGGGAAUGACGAGCUGGUCCAGCAUGCAGGCUUUGCAACCGUGGACGACCUGAAACGACACGCCGAGCAACGCGGCUGGGUGGGCAUGCAUGUCGACUUGUGGGAGGAGGAGGAGGACGGGGAGAAAACUGCCGACGGAUUGUCGCAGGGAACCUUGAUCAAAGUCCAGUACUGGUGGGCAAGAGACCAGAGCAAGGACGCAGCGGAUGGCGACUGGAUUCAAGUCUUCCACGACAUCAUGUACAUUGGGCCAUUGGACGGCACGCAGGGCCUUGACAGCGAACUCAUUAAGUAA